GCGCGUACUUCCGUUACUUUUUCUCUCUCUGGGUGCCUGCAGAGGAGACCACAGGGGACGAAGGGAGGGGCUGGAAGAAGGAGGAGAAGCACGAAGGAAACUCAGAGCGGGUCAAGCUGCAGAGAGGGGGAUGGAGGGAGAGGAAUUCCAACUCCACAACACAAUGACGAAGCAAAAGGAGCCUUUCCGCCCUAGGGUUCCGGGGAAGGUCGGGAUGUACGUCUGUGGCGUUACGGCCUACGAUCUGAGCCAUAUCGGCCAUGCCCGAGUAUACGUCGCCUUCGACGUCCUCUACAGAUAUCUCAAGCAUUUAGGAUAUGAAGUAAAUUAUGUGCGUAACUUCACAGAUGUAGAUGACAAGAUAAUCCGAAGGGCAAAUGAGCUAGGUGAAGAUCCAAUAAGCUUGAGUGCUCGGUUUUGUGAGGAGUUUCUUCUUGAUAUGGCUGACCUUCAGUGCCUGCCUCCUACAGUCCAACCUCGUGUAUCUGAUCACAUACCUCAGAUCAUUGAAAUGAUACAAAAGAUCAUCGAUAAUGGAUGUGCCUAUGUGCUAGAAGGGGAUGUGUAUUUCUCCGUUGACAAGUCUCCUGAUUAUGGUCGGUUAUCUGGGAGGAAACUAGAGGAUAAUCGAGCUGGGGAACGUGUUGCUGUGGAUGAAAGAAAAAGAAACGCUGCUGACUUUGCUCUGUGGAAGUCAGCAAAGCCUGGUGAACCAACGUGGGACAGCCCUUGGGGACCAGGUAGACCAGGGUGGCACAUUGAGUGCAGCGCCAUGAGUUCUCAGUACCUGGGCCAUGCUUUUGACAUCCAUGGUGGUGGGAUGGACCUGAUAUUCCCUCAUCAUGAAAAUGAGAUUGCUCAGAGCUGUGCUGCCUGCCCAGAGAGCAAUGUUAGUUACUGGGUGCAUAAUGGUUUUGUCACUGAGAACAAGGAAAAGAUGUCCAAGUCUCUGGGAAAUUUUUCACGAUUCGUCACUGAAAGAUAUCAUCCACUUGCUCUGAGGCUUUUCUUGAUGGAUACUCAUUAUCGCUCUCCUGUUAAUUAUUCGGAAGCUCAACUAGAAAGUGCAUCAGACCGUCUAUUUUAUAUUUAUCAGACAUUGCAUGAUUGUGAAGCAACUUUAUCGCAAUUUCAAGAUAAACCUCCCAAUGGGCGUGUUACACCUGAUACAAAGAAUUGCAUUGACAAGUUCCGGAGGGAUGUUGAGUCUUCAAUGGCAAAUGACCUGCACACAAAUGAUGUGUUAAAGGAUCUUUGGGACCCACUUAAGGCCAUGAAUGCUCUUAACUCGGGCAAGGGAGGGCAGAAGCAGCAGGCUUCUCGUAUCUUGUCCCUGAUCGCAUUGGAAAAGGAAGUGAAGGACGUUCUGACCAUCCUUGGACUGAUAUCGACAUCACCAUGUGAGGUCUUACUGCAACUGAGAAACUUGGCACUCAAGAGGGCACAACUGACAGAAGAGCAGUUGCUUCAGCGAGUUGAAGAAAGAGUUGCAGCAAGAAAGAACAAGGAAUAUGAGAAGUCUGACAAAAUAAGGAACGAAUUGGCAAAGCUUGGGAUAGGCCUAAUGGAUAACGAUCCAAGGGGAAGAAUCUGGAUACCGAUUGUGCCACCUGAAAAGGAGGCGGCUGCUGCUUGAACACACCAUUUGCUCCAUUUGCAAGAGCCCGUGUUUUCUAGUGCUCUUCCACAACCAUCUGAUGUCCAUUUCAGUUGGCUUCCAUGCAUAAUCACAAGGAGGCUUGUAUUCUUACACAACCUGAUUUGUACUCCAGCCAUAAUCCCUCAUUUUAAGCACAUUACAGUGGGAAACCAUACUAUGAUAGUGUCAUUUUUGCUAGGCUUCCUUUUUUAGUUGGCACCAUGAUAGCAUCUUUUAUUCAACUAUUAGUGUUAAAGAAAACGAGGGUGUUUAUUGUUUUGACCUCUGUCCUUGCUGAGCGUUGUUUUGGUACAUUGUCAUUUUUAGUAUGACAUACAAUGUAAUCUACUGUUUCAUCCUAUAACUUGAGCAGCCAUCUGCCAAGAUAUCUAUAUAAGUUUGCGCAUGAUGCCCUUUUUUGCUUUG